AUGUUCUAUAAUAAAUUUCUUCUUUUUCAUCCUUUUCUUUUCCUUUCUCUUGCUUUUCUUCUUUUCUUUUCCUUUCUCUUGCCUUUCUUCUUUUCCUUUCCUUUCUCUUGCUUUUCUUCUUUUCCUUUCCUUUCUCUUGCUUUUCUUCUUUUCCUUUCCUUUCUCUUGCUUUUCUUCUUUUCCUUUCCUUUCUCUUGCUUUUCCUUUCCUUUCUCUUCCUUUCUCUUCUCUUCCUGUCUCUUCCUUUCUCUUCUCUUCCUUUCUCUUCCUUUCUCUUCUCUUCCUUUCUCUUCCUUUCUCUUCUUUUCCUUUCUCUUCCUUUCUCUUCUUUUCCUUUCUCUUCCUUUUCUUCUUUUCCUUUCUCUUCCUUUUCUUCUUUUCCUUUCUCUUCCUUUCCUUCUCUUUCUUUUCUUCUUCCUCAUUUUUCUCUUUCUUUUCUUACCCAUCUUUUCUUUUUCAUCAAUUUAUACUAGCAUAGCCCUUCACAACAGCUGGCCUUCUCUCUCUCUCUCUCUCUCUCUCUCUCUCUCUCUCUCUCUCUCUCUCUCUCUCUUUCUUAUUCUCUCUUUCACUAACAUGUUUGAAUACAAUGGACCAGAAUUCAUUUGCCGUGGUCGGAAGCCAUUGAUUAAACUGAAUAUGCUUUUAAGUGGUGAGAGUGCAAAAAAUCCAGCCAAUGCCCGUCGAAUAAUCAUAGUCCUACUGAAUGGACAGAAACUUGAGGUUAUGUGCGAUCCAUCCACUACAAGCAAACAGUUAUUCCAAGCUGUCAUCUCCCACAUGGCGCUUCAUGAGAUCCAAUCUUACUUUGGUCUUACCUACAUCUAUGAUGGAGAACAUUUCUUUCUGGACCAAGACACAAAGUUGCACAAAGUGGCCCCUGACGGUUGGAGAGAAGGGGGCAAAGGAUAUGCAACUAUCACAUUCAUCUUGUUCUUCAGAAUCAAAUAUUAUGGAACCAGCAUUCUUGAUACAAACCAUCAACAUUUACUCUACCUGCAACUUCGUCAAGACAUCCUUGAGGAACGGUUAGAGUGUGAUGAGAAUCGAGCGCUUUCAUUGGCAGCCUUUGCUCUGCAAGUAGAAUGUGGUAAUUACCAGAAAGAGUUGAUGGGACGAAACUAUUUUGUGCCUGAGUACUACUUCAGUAAACGUAUCCUGCAGCUGUAUGGUACAGGAUUUAUCAGAGAUCACACUCCAGAUGCACACAGGUCAAUCAAUGGAUUAAGCCAAGAUGAUGCCAUGGCUAAAUUCAUUCGGCUUGUUCAAGAGCUUCCAGAAUAUGGGACACAUUUCCAUAAAGUUUACAAAACCAAAAAUGAAAACCCAAACAACAUAUCAUGGAUUGGUAUUGGGGCACACAGUAUGAUCAUUGCAGAGAACUUGAAAAAAGAACGGGUAAUUGUUGAACGACAGCCAUGGGCCAUGGUUGACAAACUUUCAUUUAAAGGAAAGCGUAUUACUGUCCAAGUUAAACCAGACCCAACUGUCGGAGGAAAACCUUUAAAGGUUUAUUUCUACACAAAUAGCCAUCGAAAGGGACGAUAUCUACUGCAAAUGUCUACUGACCAACACAAAUUCCAACUGAAAAUAUGUUCCCAAUCUCACAUGAUGUCAGCACUCCAAAAUAAUAAGCCACUUCCCGAACCACCCAUGUUUGCAGACAUUGAAUUUGCUGAUUUGGAAGAAGAAGAUGAAGAUGAUGAGAUGUACCAGUUAUCAUCUCCUGUCUCUCAGCUUCCAACUGAAGAUCAUAAAGUUUCUGUUCAACUAAGUGGCAGCACGCAAAAGCCAAUUUACCGCCAUUCCAGUUCCAACUUGCAUGAUUCUCUUGCUUCUGUUUUGCAUCCUGCAAAACCAUCCUACUGUUUGCUUUCUUCAGUGCAUUCACUUGAUACACUGGCACCAAUGCAGUUAUCUGCACGUUUGCAUGCUCAAAAAGGCACUCUUGGUGCUGCCCGACUUACAGGUUCUAGCCCAUCACUUCUAUCACCCCCAUCAUCACUUCAUGUAAAAUAUUCUAAAGAUAAUCAUUAUACCCAGCUUCAGACCAGUCUUUCUCCAAUCCCACCUUUCAAUUUUCACAGCUUCAGUACCAACGCCAUCAGUUCCACUAGUCACAUCUUGGACUUUAAUGACCAUAGUGGACUGUCUAAUGGUGCCAACUUAGUUUCUUUGAAAGAGGUGGUUCUGAAGAAAGACAGUUCAAGUAGCAUUGGCAUCAGCUUUGUUGCUGGAAGUAUUCCUGGCAUUUGCAAGAAUGGUACCAAUGGUAGCAGACAAGGAAAACAAACAUUCUCUUUGCCGGCCAUCUUUGUUAAGAGCCUCACUCCAGGAGGACCAGCUGACCUCAACAGUCACAUCAAACCCAACGAUCAGAUCCUUGCAGUAAAUGGCUCAACAGUGACUGGCCUCUGUUGUCAGGACGUCAUUGAGCAGAUCAACAAACAUAAUCAUUCAACACCAGUCCAGCUACUACUACUUCAACGAUCUCACAAAACACCAAACAAACAAUCGGUGCCACCAACCAGCAAUAAACCUAAUACCAAGUUACUGACCAGCCCUUCUCAUACAAACUGUACCCUCCCCAUGGACCAAAGUUGGUCCAGAAGUGCCAAUGACUUUAUCUCGAGGACUUUGCCCACCUCACGGAGGCACUCACCUGGUUCAACUCUUAAUUACUUUAACGACCAUUACAUUCCAGAACAUCACGUAUCUGUUCCAGAUAUGUUAGAUACUCUGCAAGAGACAAAAGCAACAUCAACUAGAUUCUCCACAUCUAUACUUUCAGGCUCCCUCUCAUCAUUGCAGGAAUGCAAGAGACAAAAAAUUGUCUCAACAAGAGGAAUUCACUGUAACUUCAUGGAAAAACAAACAGGCAUUGAACCUUUCCACAACAUUAAUAGACUUUCUAUACCUGAAUUUCCUCAAUUCAAACUGACCUUACCCCCCAGCCCUUCAUUGCCAACAUUCAUGCCUUAUAAUAACCAGAAGUGUUCUUUGGAAUUUCUAUCGACACCUUUGGCUUCAUCCACUCCAGCUUCUUCUCCCACCACUCAGCGGAACGCUAGGGGUGGUCAUCAUUGCAUGUCAUUGACAAACGCAAAACAAUUGCUUUCCAGUGAAAACAAGCAAACAAUAUUCAGAGAAAAGCUUGGAUCAGUUUGGAAACAAAGGCAGAAUGAAAUUUUUUAUGAAUGUUUCCUAUCCAAAAAAGAUGGAUCUUUAGGACUCAACAUAAUUGGAGGUAUUGACACAAAGACUGAAUUAGGUGGUGUCUAUGUGAAAUCUCUCCGUCCUAAUGGAGCUGCAGAGAAGAAUGGCAUUAUAAAAGCAGAUGAUCGUAUCAUUCAGAUAAAUUCAAUCAACCUCGAAGAAGUGCAACAUGAGGAAGCUGUGAGUCUCUUACAGGACGCACCCAUCCGAUGCCUGUUGUUGCUUGGACGAAAACUGUGCAAUCACAAGCCUGUUUCCCACUGUCCACCAAUGGUCAUCGAUAAUGGAACGGUGCUAGCACAAGAUACAAAUCAAAGAGAAUUUCUCAAGGAAGAGGCAGAAAUCAACAGAAAACUGGCUGCUGAAGUAAAGUCAAAUUGUAAACAUGGUAAAUUAAGUCAAGAAUUUUCUCUGUCUGAAGUCGGUUCUGAAAAGGACAGGAAUCGCAGAGAAAUAGAUCUGGCUGUUUCCCAAGAGAAAGACAGAACGUUUCCCAAGAGGACAAUUUGUGACAAGAGUGAAAUGAAACUGGCAACUUUGGAACUAUUAUCCCCAGAAUCCCACGGUGUUCAACAGGGCAAAAAGACAAACCCUGUUGGCACAAGAACACAAGGAGCUGAAAUGAAAGCUCCAAAUAAUGUGGAAAACAUCCACACUGGUGCGUCACCAACAAGUGAGGAUUUGCAAUGCAAAGACAAUGUGCAUUUCCCUCCCCAGAAGAAUGAUGGUGCCACCAAAAAUGAGGGCUAUUUCCGACAGGGUCCAAAACAGGACCCCACACUUUCUGAUAGAAGAAAUGGAAAUACACUCAACAAGGUCACAGGAAAUAAUCCCGACAGAGGGAAGCAUUUCGAAAAUGAUGCUAGUCUUCAUUCAGGACCCUCCGAUUCAGCAGUGAUCCCUGCUGAAGAGCGGCAUGGACUCCAUGAGAAAGAUGACUCCCCAAUAAUUCAAAGAACAGCCCAUGGUAGUGAUAGUUCAAAUUGCUCAUCUGGGGGGAUUUUAAUUGAAGACACAUCAAAUUCUGCUCAAGCCAAGAAAAUACUGAUGGCUUCCAAGCAGAAAGAAUACGGAGAAGCCGUGCUGCUUGAAAAGGACUUUGUUGAGUGUCAGUUAGAAAGUGUGUCAAAACGGAACCCUAUGUCACUUUCAGCCAAUAUGGCAAAUGGGACUUCAACUCAACAAGAGAGUGAUCCCAAGCAAGCUUACUCCAACGAUAAAAAUGGGGGAAGCUCAAUGCAGCAAUAUUUGUCUUCAAAUAAGUCAAAGUUCAGCAAUGAAACAAAAAAAGCCGAUCAGUCAGUAGCCGAGAUAAAAGACGAAACCUUGCUUCGGCUGAGUUUAAAGAAUAAUCAGCAACCAAUAAGCUCCAGAUCAAAGAUGGUGUCUUCGGAAUCUGCAAAUGAUAUCAGCAAAAACAGAACCACACCAAACUUGGCACUAAACCCAAAACUUGAUACAUCAAACCAGGAGGAAGGAAAAAUAAGCGAUUCUCUCAGUUCUUCCAGAAUGGAGAAAAUUCCACAGUCAAUAAGUCUGAAGUCUGGUCCAACCUCAGACAUCCAAGAUGAUCCUUACAAAGAUCCAUUAAAAAACCUGAGUUGGCUAUGGGAUGUGCCUCUGGUGAGGUCCCCAGAGGUUACCAACCAUGAUCUUCUCAGACAGCUAUUAAUUCAACUUGAAAAGUCUUUACACAGCAAGAAAUACCUUGAAGAUUUUCAAUUAAUAAAACAAGACUGUUUGUCCAAUGCUGGCAGAACAAAAGUGGCACUUUUGCCUGAAAAUAAAUCAAAAAAUCGAUCCCAGGAAUAUGUACCUUGUAUCAGUGGGAAGCAACAUCAGGUGAUGCAGUUUAUGUACAAGGCGUGGCCUUUCCGUGGUACACCUUCUUCACCUGUGUCAUUACUACAGUUAGUGCAAGCUGUCCAGUUUUAUCAUGAAGCCGCCGAGAAUUACCUGACUUCAAAUGCUGUCAAUUGCCCAGUGGUCAUUCAUUGUGCAAAUGGUUGCGGACGAUCGGCUGUUUUUAUUGCUGUUUAUACUGCAUUGCUGCACAUACAGAAUAACGUGCAAUUGGAUAUAUUUGCACUUGUGAAAAACCUUCGCCUCCAAAGACCAAGAAUGGUUGAAACUCAGGCAGAAUACAAGUUUUGUUACACGGCCGUCCUUCGGGCUUUGUAUGAACUUCUCUGUCCAUACGGAGAGCUGGUCACAGAAAAUACCCACGCUGGUCAAUAA